GUUGCGCCUCCUUCCAGCAACACUGGGGCUCUUCCACUCCAAACUCACGGCGGCCACGAAGUUCAACGCAACACCGACCAUCAGCUUUGCUUAUCUCAGCCUCAUUAUCGUCACCGUCAUCUCUUUGUGUGUUGUGUGUGUCGUGCAGCUGUGGCAGCAAAAACCCCCUCCCACCCCGACAAGGCCAGCCGGUCAGGACUGUGGAGGUAUCGGUGGGCUGUCAACAUAAAUUGUUCGGUCCUUUUUUUGCUCGUUUGGGUGGGUUGCAGUGUGCGUACAGCCAGCCACAGGGGAUCAGGCAGCCCAGAUAGGGCAUAAGCAUUUUUUUGGUACACACUCUGCGUGACCCGAGUGUACAUUCGCAUAUUGUUUUUCAGAGGAGGAACUUUGCUUAGACGAAGAUUGAUUUGUGUAACCGAUGCAUAGACUUCACGAAGGACUUUAGGCAGUAUAUGCUGCAAUUAAGUCAUGCUUUUGUUUAAUAGUACUGUGUGUGGCUGUAUUGUACAAGGGCUUUCGAGUGCAUUACGUAUAUAGUUUUCCAGCAUAUGUCCAAUAGAGUUUGUCCUGGAACAAUACAUAAUUAUAUCGUUAGAGGUUAUUACACUGUCCACGGCAUAGUAUAACGUGCAUUGUAUGGUAUAUGCCCGUAUGGCAUGAACACUAAACAUAUUUAAUAUAAUCUAGUACUGUGGUGCAUUGUAGGUUUUGCUGUGAAAGUCCAUCUCACUGAAAGUUACAAAUACAAUUAACAGUUCUUUUUGCACGAGAAUAUUGCAGUGAUUUAGGUAAAAACAUUCAUUGUUUUGUUUCGUUAAGUGGCCUUUAUUUGAAAUGUAAAACGUUGAUAUCGCAAUUGUAAUACUGUAUUUAAUUGAGGCAUAUUACUUUCGAAAAAGUGUGUAGUAAGGAAACACAUACUCAUAAAUUCACUGCAGUGUUUGAAUAUUGGUUAGAUAUAGAAUAGAUGUAGACACUUGGGUGGGUGAGAAUUUUGAUCAGGCAUUUUAGAUUUUGAGACACUACAAUUUCUGACAAUUUUAGUCAGAUAUCCUAGAACGUAGACAGGCACACUCGAGUGCGUGAACUUUUUUGGUGAGAUAUUCCAGAUCUUGGGACACUCCAACGCCUCGACAUUGGCCAGAUAUUCCAGGUGUGGGGACCCUCCAGCAACUGAGCACCUUGUUCAGGUGGUUGAGGAACACGUGACAACGAGUGACACCUUAGCCAUGGCACGUCUCUCCACUCGUCCUACUUCAUCGCCGCUGCCCCAGCUGCUCCUCGCCUCUCUGCCACUGCUGCUGCUGCUGCUGGUGCUGCCAGCUCCCGUGCGCUCCCAGUACGAGAACUACAACUUCUUGAACUUCCCGGGCGCCGAGCUGGGCUCGUUGGACGCGGCGUACGCCCUGGCCCUGCGGCAGUACGAGGCGGAGCAGUGGGGAGCGUGCCUGAGCUCCCUGGAGCGAGCCCUGCGUCUCCACCGCUUCGUGCGUGACAGCCUCGCCUUCUGCCGCCGCAACUGCAGCCGCGCCACGCCGGGCCAGGGGCCCCAAUCCCUGCCCAUGGAGCUGGGACUGGGCGCUCGGCCCGGCUCCCCCCCCCAGGGUGGUGCCGUCGAGGGGGAGAUGAGGGCGCUGGGCGUCGUGUUCCGCAGGGCGCAGUGUCUCAAGCGGUGCCGGGAGAUGCUGCCCGCCUUCCGUGCGGCACAGCCGUCGCCGCAGAUGCUGGCCGACUUUGACCGCAGGGCGCCCUACCAGUACCUGCAGAUUGCGUACUACAAGACGGACAACCUCCCAGCAGCCAUGGCGGCGGCGUACACCUUCCUGCAGCGGAACCCCGAGGACGAGAUGGCACAGAAGAACCUGCACUUCUUCUGGACACAGCCCGGCGCAAGCGAGAAGCACCUGCGAGACCUGGAAGCCGAUCCCUUCCAGACGCUGUACCGCGAGGCAGUGCGCGCCUACGGCACGGGCGAUCACCUGGCGUGCGUGGAGAAGAUGGAGCGCGCCCUCGCCGGCUACCUCCACGCCUUCCACGACUGCGCGAGCGCGUGCGAGGGCGGCCGCGAGGUCACCACCUUCCAGGACUUCUACGCCUCCAUGGCAGAUCACUACUCGCAGGCCCUCGCGUGUAAAGUGAGCUGCGAGGCGCGCCUGGUGCCUCUGUCCGGUGGAGAGCCACAGGCCAAGUUCGUGGCCACCAUGUACCACUACCUCCAGUUCUGCUACUACAAGCUGGGUGAGUUCAAGCAGGCCGUGCGCGCUCUCGAGAGCUACUCCCUGUUCGACCCGGAGGACGAGGUGAUCAAGCAGAACCUCGUCUACCACAAGGUGAACAAGGACGCGGAGGGGCUCACGACCGCCGACUUCGAGCCCAGACCGGAAGCGCUGGAGUACCGUGACCUGACCGUGCGCCUCUGGGAGAUGUACAACUUCUCCGUCGAGUUUCUGGCCCCAGACGACGAGAUGGAGCUGGACGGCGACGUGACGUACGAGCCGGAGCUGGACACGUCGGACGUGGAGUUCGAGGGCGAGGGCGACUACGAGGAGUCCAUCUACUCGGACUGGUGGCAGGAGCCGCAGCACAAGGGCGACGUGGGGGUGCCCAGCAGCUGAUUGGUCGCUCGUCACCGGUCACGACACGCGGCCGAACACACGGUCACUUUUUUUUUUAACCAAACUGCCCGAAUACCUCCCCCCCCCCCCCCAUGAAUGUAUGAAUGAGCCUGUGGCGCAGGGCUCAAUUUCAGCGGGGUCUGUCUGGGUCAGCCCAGCCCAGAAAUUAUUUUCCGCGUGCCGCACACCACUUCCGGUAUAUCUCCUGCGAUGUGCCACCUACGCCCGCUCUAUCAGUGACGCGGAAAGUAAGAAAUGGAGCCCUGUCGUGCGGUGGACUUUGUUGGCUAUCUCCCUCCCGCAGUCCAUCUGAGCACAAACCCCAAAAAAUUGCCUGCAUCUUUGCAGCGUUGCGCUGAUGUUCAUUUUUAUCGCCGUCAUCAUCAUCAAGUGUCGUCCUCAUAACCGAGGUUCGACGCGCACGACCGUUGCUUUCCACCGUUGACGAUCGUCAGCGUCGUCCCGUCCAGCUUGCUCACAUUUCCCUUCUUCCUAUUUUUCACUUCGAUUUUUCUUCGCAGAAUCUAUUUCAUCAGUUGGUUCAGCUGAACCUCCGCUACCACUCCUCUCAGUAGACUCCCAAGUCGUUCCAGCCUGUGUUCGUCCUGUCAGCUCACUCUGCCCGUUCUCUCAUAACACCACAUCUAAAGUUUUUCCUCGGGAAUUCUUUCAGUUUGAAGGGCAGAUCAACAAAGCAGGAUUUUUGUAUUCACAUUUCGAUUUGUGUGUGCUUGUUUCGCUGCCACAUUAUCGGUUUCUUUUUUUUGUUUCCUAAAUGAGCUUAGGAGGGAGAACCCAUGCGGCCAGGUAUGGUUUUUGUUCUCUCUCGGAGUGAGAUAGAGAGAUUACGAUUCAGAGGGCGCGGGAAACCACAGACGAGCGGGAAGGCAGCCAGAACCAUCGCCAACGAUUUCCCAAGCUCAGCGGUUCUAUAUUUGGAUGUUUGGCCAACUCCAUUAAUGAGUGGUCAUUACAUGCGGGAGAAAACGGGUGUACCCGGAGACAACAACACCCCAAUAUGAAUGCGAGCGGAGGUGAUAAUCUCCUUACGGAUGGAUAGACGUGGCAGUCGGAGCCGCCUUAUUGUGACAUUGCACGUUUUCUAUUGGGCGGGGCUGACCUCACUGCUAGUGGUGCUACACCUUCAUCACAUAUAUAAAACGUUCUCACUGCGGUUGUGCUGCGUAGCUCUCCGAUGUAUUUUCGGUUUUGCGCCGCGUGCCGCUCAGCGCGACGUUUCGCUACGGCUGCUGGGAGCUUCAUCGGGAACUGAAGAAGUGCCCAGCGCGUGGAGCGAAACGUCGGACGUCGCGCCGGACCGAUGCGCGGCAUGACGAGAAGACGCGUCGGAGCGCCUCGUUUCUCUUCCCCUCCCGGUCGCGUGUGUCGGAGCGUUUUCGCUUAAAUAAUGUGCGGCCAUCGUUUCUACAUUUGCAGAUUUCUAGCCGAUAGAAUUUAAGUGCAUGUUGAAAAGCAAAAGGUGUAUUUGAUAACAUUGCAUUCAAAUACGGUAUAAGUCAUUGUUGACAUUCGGUGCUUUUAAAAAAUAUAUAUAUGCAUUGAUGAGAACCUGGCUCCUUUGAUUCUCGGCACAACUCUGUAAAGAGUUGCAGAUUACCGGAGUUGUGUUUGUGCCUUCGGCUGAGCCACGCGGGAAGCGCAGCUCGGUGCACUUACGCGUCGCCGCUGCGCCCGCCGUUGCCACCCCUCGUGUGCCCCCUUGUUAACGCUGCCGUCCUGCACGAAGCUGUGAUUGCCAACGUUGCUCGCUACCUUUCUAGUGUAAAUAAACAUUGGAACGUGUUGA